GACUGGCUGGAUUGGGCCACGCUGCUCGGAGAAGGAGUGGGUGGUGCAGAGCAGCAAUUGGAGAUUGGUGACAGCAGCAUUGACCUGAGGCUUACAGGAGCCUUCAGUGGGACCUGCCAGCAGUCUGGGAUGAACACUGACCAUGCAGGAUGCUUUUGGGAACAGAUUGGGGGUCACACAUAGACCAUGAAUGGAUCCUUUUUCAACCAUACUCUUCUGGAGCAGGCAGCUGACCCCAACAGGACUCAGGGCUUGGGGAUGCUCAUGGCCUGCUGCAAUGGGACCAGCACGGUGCUUGUGACUGAUGGCGGCUCCUUGGUCCUGGCACCUGACGAGAGGAGCCUUUUCAUCACGAGAGUGGUACAGAUUGCUGUCCUCUGCAUCCUCUCCUUGACUGUGAUGUUUGGCAUCUUCUUUUUGGGCUGCAACUUGCUCAUCAAGUCAGAGAGCAUGAUUAACUUUCUGGUGAAGGACCGACGACCUUCCAAGGAUGUGGGCGCUGCAAUCAUGGGACUUUACUGAAGCCACCGGGCUCUUGUAGGCAAGUGAACUGUCUGGACCUGGUGUUGAGAUGCACAUUUCCAUGUGUUUGGGGCAACUGGGGGGAGUGGGAAGGGGAGAGGGGUCUUUUAGUCUGUCUGUGUCCAUGGGAAAGCAAACCUGCUCUUCCCAGUCAAGAAAAUGUGGUGGCAAAUGUGGAAACCACUCCAGAGCUAUGUGAAGUACAAUAAAUGACCAGCAUUUUGUUGCAUGCAGAAAUGGCUUAAGUUUUGCAUGAAACUUGCAGAAACAGUGCUAAUGUGGAGAUCUAGACUCUUGACUGCUGUUACCUUGGAUACCACUACCUGGAAUUUAGGGCUAAAAAAAUAAAAGACAAAUAAGUCAUUAUAGAAAGAAAACAAAAGAACAAACUAAUGGGAGAGCAAAAUACAGGGCACAGACCUUAUCUUUGAGAUGGCAGGGGAAGAGAAGUGCUGUGUGGGUCAUUAAACAAAGUCUGCAUGCUAAAAAAUGUCAGUCUGUUGUGUUUUGGACCUUGAGCAUGCAUCUUCUGGUAGUUUUGUAACAGGGAAAGCAUGUUCUUCCUUAUUUUUCUGAGCUAUCCUGUUAAAUAAACUGGUACUUUCUUCUUUCACGCUAUGGUGGAGGAAGGAAAGGACCCAGAUAAAUAUAAACCCCUCCCCACCCCAAAACAAAAGCAUGUUUGUUUUUGUACACACUAGACUCUUUUUCCAAGUGCUACAUUGUUACAGUCCUUGAGGUUUUGUACUUUUUGAAAACUGGUGAAAAUUCAGGAAAAAAAUCCAACCUGUUU